AAUAUAUAUGUAUAUUACAUAUACAUAUAUAUACACACACAUAUAGAUAUCCCUUUCACAUUGUGACUUUCCCUGUUGCCAUUUCAAUAUAUUGUGGAUUGGCAUAAGAAAUUAUAUGAAAUUUGGGGGGAGUUUUGUGGAAGCCAAAGAUAACAGGUGAAGGCCAUCAGAUGACACAGAAAAAGUUUUAAAACUCAUAAAUGCAUAAAAUAUAUGUAUAUUAUAGUAUAAUAGCAACAUGUUUUAUCUCUUAAUACCAAAAUUAAGCACAAUUUCAUUUUUAAAACUAAAAGAAAAAGUCAGAGUUUGUGAAAAGAGCAUGAAAGUCAAUAGAUGACAAAGAAAUGUGGAGAUAUCUUAAGUUUAGUAAUUCAUGAAUGCAUAAAAUGUAUGUGCUAUUAUAUACAUGUUACCGUACAAUAUGUAUUUUGUUCUUGUUUAAUAAUAUAAGUGAACAGAGAUGCACUUUUUUUCUUAAAAUUAAUUUUGUUGUAAAAACUGUAGUUGUAUAAUGCACUGGUUUGUGUUCAUGACAAUCUCACAUGACAUCUUGCAGUUAUCUCUCAAUAAUCUUUACAUUUUGAGAUGUUAUAUAUGCAGUAUGUUCAAUAUUAUUCUCAGAUUUGUUUCACUUGACAAAAAUGUAAUAUUUGUUUUGUAUUUUUAACAUUUAUUUUUUAUGCAGUAUUUUUACAUAAUAUUGGCCUAUAUAUAGCCUGUGACCAAAUACUUAACCCAGAUUUUUUUCAGUAAGAUACUGUAAACAGUCUAUGAAAGAAAAAGAAAAAAUUCAGACUUCACUGGUAUAAGGAGAGGGCCAAAUAUUUUUAUAGGGAUUUUUCAGAUCUCAAGUGCCUUGUGCACCUAACCUACCUUGAUGUGGAAAGAAUACCAAUACAUAUACCUUUUUGUCAGUUCAUUCCUUUUCUAGUGUGGGGAAGGAGGGAGAGAGAUACCUGGGAAUUUUAAUGUAACAAAUAAUCUUUUUUAAACAUAUACAACAAAAUUCAUAGGAAAAAAUUGUAUUUAAAUAAAGAUGUAUUUUUUUUUUGCAUCUGAGGUACUUAUAUAUUAUACAGCACAAUAUGUAAUUUAUAUUAUCUAUUAAACUGGGCCUUAGUUUACUCAUUUGUCAAAUUAGAAUAAUAAUAUUACCUGUAUCACAGGAUUUUUUAGAGGACCAGAUUAAAUAAUGUAUUACAAAGUACUUUGUAACACUUAAAUCAAUAUAUAACUGGCAAAUAUUAAUAUUUUUCAUGUCCUUGAAGAUAAACUUAGCCUUAUCUUUUCACUUCAUGUUAUAUUUAUGUAGGUACAUUUUCUUUUUGAAAUUAAGCUUUCUUUUUCAUUAUGAAUUUAAAACACCAAUAAAUAUGAAUGUUUUACUACAUGAAAAACAAAAAAGGGGGUUAUAAUAAAGCUCUGAUCUUGCUGGGUAUAGUUUUUCAAAUUUUUAUUGUUAUUUUUGUGACUAUUAAGUUUAGCAUGAUAAGUAGCAAAGCUGCCCAGCUUUUUUUUUUAAUUCCCAUGUGAACUUUCUUCUCUUAUUCAUAUAUCUUAAAAAUAUUUAAAUGAUGCUUUCUUCUUUUUUUGUGUGUCUCUAUCACUACCGAACAGCUGUUCCCUCCUUUUGUAAUCUCUCCCCUUUAACAAAUAAGGAUUAUCAGGAAAAACAAGUGGACAGUUUUGGCUUCUCAAGACUUGACCAAAAAGGGAGAAUCAAGGUGGCAAAGAGAAUGGCUUUUGAGUGCCUAACAGCAUCCCACAAAUUGUUGAGAUUCCAAGAUGUGGUUGUAAACUUUACCCAAGAGGAAUGGAGCCUGUUAGAUCCUGCUGAGAAGGACCUUUUCUGGGAUGUGAUGCUUGAAAACUAUGAGAACUUUAUCUCCCUUGCACCUUUUCAAAUGUUUCUUCAUGAGCAAGGACUUCCAGAUUCCAAGCCACUUUUGAUUUCUCAAUUAGAGAGAAGAGAAACAUCAUGGCUACCAAUGGAAGAAAUCCUAAAAAGCCUUUAUUUGGAUUUUCUUCCUGAAGAUAAUACUUUUAGACUGAAGUGCAAUCUGGGAUCAGUCCUUUCUUCACAACAGAAAAUUCCUGGAAAAAAAUGUCUCCAUGAAUAUGACAACUUUUGGAAGAGCUUCAUUGGGUUGUCAGGUCUAAGUGAAUAUGACAGAAUCUGCUUAAGAGAGAAACUCUCUCAGUAUAAUAAACGUCAGAAGUCCUUCAUUCACCAUUCAAAACGAAUUCGUUACCAUAGGACAUAUGCUCAAGGAAAACUCUCUAAAUGUGAUGAAUUUGGCAAAGACUUUAGCAUCAGUUCACAAGAGUCUGAAAAGGUUCAUAGUGGUGUGGAAAAAAACUUUGAAUGUAAUGAAUGUGGGAAAGCUUACCACAGUAGCCAAUCUCUAAUUGCUCAUCAAAGAACUCAUGUUGGAGAGAAGGCCCAUAAAUGCAAAGAAUGUGAAAAAGCCUUUGGUUCCUGGAUAAGCCUUUUUGUACAUAAGAAAAUUCACAAUGGAGAGAAAUCCUAUUUAUGUAAUGAAUGUGAUAAAACCUUUAAGCAGAAGCGACACCUUAAAAUUCACAAGAUGGUUCAUGCUGGACAGAAGUCAUAUGUAUGUAAUAUAUGUUUGAAAAUCUUCAGUAAUAGGCAUUACUUAGACCAACAUAAAAAAAUUCAUACUAGCGAUAUAAUCUAUAAGUGUAAUCAUUGUGAGAAAGCAUUCAGCCAGGAAUCACAGUUUAUUAAACACAAGUUAAUUCAUACCAGGGAAAGAGCAUUUGGAUGUAAUGAAUGUGGGAAAGCUUUCAGCAAUAAACACUACCUGAGCAAACAUCAAAAAAUUCAUAUUGGAGUGAAACCCUUCAAAUGUAAUGAAUGUGGGAAGGCCUUUAGCAGUAAGAGCUACCUUAUACAACAUAAAAAAAUUCAUACUGGAGUGAAACCCUUCAAAUGUAAUGAAUGUGGGAAAGGCUUUAUGAGUAAGAGCUACCUAAUUCAGCAUCAAAGAAUCCAUGCUGGAGGGAAGCCUUAUAAAUGUAAUGAAUGUGGGAAAGCCUUCAGUAGUAAUAGCUACCUAAUUCAGCAUCAGAGAAUUCAUACAGGUGAGAAACUCUAUAAAUGUAAUGAAUGUGGGAAAACUUUCAUUAGUAAUAAACAACUUUCACAGCAUAAAAGAAUCCAUACUGGAGAGAAACCUUAUAGUUGUAAUGAAUGUGGAAAAACCUUUAGGCAGAUGGGACAUGUUGAAACACAUAAAAAGAUUCAUACAGGUGAGAAACCUUUUGAAUGUAGUGAAUGUGGGAAAGCCUUUAUAAGUAAUCAACAGCUAUCCCGACAUCAAAGAAUUCAUAUUGGAGGGAAGCCUUAUAAAUGUAAUGAAUGUGGAAAAGCCUUCAGUAGUAAUAGCUAUUUAACACUACAUCAAAGAAUUCAUCCUGGUGGGAAGCCCUAUAAGUGUAAUGAAUGUGGCAAAGUUUUCAUCAGUAAUAAUAAUCUAAUUCAGCAUCAAAAAAUCCAUCCUGGAGAAAACCCCUAUAAAUGUAAUGAAUGUGGGAAAGUCUUUAGCAGUAAUAGCUACCUAAUUCAACAUCAAAGAAUUCAUACUGGAGAGAAACCCUACAAAUGUAAUGAAUGUGGAAAAGCCUUCAUCUGUAAUAGCUACCUAAUUCAACAUCAAAGAAUCCAUACUGGCGGGAAGGCAUAUACAUGUAAUGAAUGUGGAAAAGCCUUCAGCAGCCAUCAAAAGCUCACUCUUCAUCAAAGAAUCCAUACUGGAGAGAAACCAUAUAAAUGUAGUACAUGUGGUAAAGCCUUCAAUAGUAACAGCUAUCUAAUUGAACAUCAAAGAAUCCAUACUGGAGAGAAGCCCUACAAAUGUAAAGAAUGUGGCAAAGCCUUUAGGCAAAGUUCAUCACUUAUGCAACAUCAGAAAAUUCACACUGGAGAGAAACCCUAUCAUUGUAAUGAAUGUGGGAAAGCCUUUAGGCAAAGUUCAUCCCUUAUGCAACAUCAGGUAAUUCAUACUGGAGAGAAACCCUACAAAUGUAAUGAGUGUGGGAAAGCAUUCAACAAUAAUCAAAAUUUAUCACGACAUCAAAGAACUCAUACUGGAGAGAAGCCGUAUAAAUGUAAUAAAUGUGGGAAAGCCUUCAGCAGUAAUAGCUAUCUAACUCAGCAUCAAAGAAUCCAUACUGGAGAAAAACCUUAUAAGUGUAAUGCGUGUUGGAAAUCCUUUAGCAGUAAUCAAAAGCUCUCAAGACAUCAAAGAGUCCAUAUUGGAGAAAAACCCUAUAAAUGUAAUGAAUGUGGGAAAGCCUUCUGCACCAAUUCUAGAUUUGAAGUACAUAAGGCAGUUCAUUCUGGAGAGAGACCUAUUUAGAUAUAAUGAAUGUUGGAGAGUCUUUAGGUUUGGGGCAAGAUGCAUACAUUAUGAAUGUGAAGCCAUACUGGGAAGAAGUCUUAAGAAAUACAAUGAAUGUGUGAAAGUCUUCUGUGGAAAGGGAAACCUUAAAUACAUAAAAGAAAACCCAAAACUCAUUAGAAACUUAUUUAGUGUAAUAAGCGCAGAAAAUGUGAUUGAAAUCUUAAAGAACAUGACUCAAUAUUCCCAAGAGUACAUUGAACUCACAAAAUGGUAUAAAUGCUUAAUAUGAGCAAAAGUUAAUACACAAUAGAGUGUUCAUUCUAAAAAUAUAAUCCAGGUAAUAAAUGUGGGCAAACUUUCAAAUGAAAGGACCAUAAGGCAUUUCAUACUAAAAUGAGAAACAUGUUAAAUAAAAUGAAUGUUAGAAAGCAUUCAGGUUGAACCAGACCUCUGUAUAUAAGAAAAUUAUUGUAGAGAAUUAAACUUGUUUUUCAUAAAGCUUUAGCUAAAGGAAAGAACUUAAAAACUAUCUGAUAAUACCAGUGAGAUUCUUUAUGAAUAAAAUGAGUUCUUGAGAGAAUUCAUCUAGGUUAAAUUUACAAUUGUUAUAAUGGAGUGAUAGUUUCAAAAAGUUAAUGCAAAAUCACAGCAUCUUAGAAUUAGAAGGAACCCUGGAGAACAUCUAGUCCAAAUUUUAUCUGAAAAAGUUUGCCCUAUACAUCAUACAAAUAGUCUUCCAGCCUUUGUUAUUUAAUGAGGAGACCUAUGAUUCCUGAGGAAAUCAGCUCUACUUUUGGAUAGUGCCAGUUAUUAGGAAGACAUUUCUUAUAUUAAGCCUAAAUUUUCCUCUUUAAGUUUCCUUUCCAUUUCCCUAGUUAUCCUCUCUUUGGCCUAACAGUAAAAGCCAAAUUCUUCUUGCUUGUGAGAAACCAUAAUAUGCUUGAAGUUACCUGUGGUACUCUCUUUUCAGUUGUUCAGGUAAAAUAUCCUCAGUUUAUCUUCUUAUAACGUGAACCUAACUCAGCAUAUGACACUUUUCACCAUGUGGGUUGCUUACCUCCUUAAGCUUAUCAAUAUCUUCCCUAAAAUAUGGUAUGCAAAUCUAAUGACAAAAUUCAAAAUCUACACAAACUGACACACUUGCUAGCAAUAUUGUGACUUCUGGUCUUACUCUUCUGAUGUUGGCCCAAGAAUGAAUUUGCUAUUUUGGCUGUUCUUUUGUUCUGACUCCUUGUGAGCCUGCCAUCCACAAAAUUCCCAUGUUUUUUUCUUAUGAAUUACUUCUAGCCAUGCCUCUACAUUGCACUUAUGCAGUUGAUAUUUUGAAUUCAAUUGUAAAAUUUCCCAUUUGACUAUUUUUUAUUUCAUCAUAUUCAAUUUGGCCCAAUGUUAUAGGAAGUCAAGAUCUUUUGGAAUCUUGGCUGUGAAUGGCUGCCCCUGCCACAUUUAUAUCAGCUGUAAAUCUGAUACAUAUGGCACAUACACCUUUAGGUAAGCCAUUAAUUAAAAUAUUAUACAGAAUAGGGUCUAGCACAGAUAUCAGGGAAAUUGCAUCCAAAAUCUUAUAAGAUGACUAAAUCAUAAUAACAGCUAACAUUUUAUGGAAUGCCCACUAUGUUCCAGGCACAUUGCUAAGCAUUUUACAAAGUGUCUCAUUUCUUCCUCAUAACUCUCCUGGAAGAUGUAUGCUAGUGUUACCUUCAUUUUACAGGUGAGGAAAGUGAGGCAGAUUCAGUGAUGACCAAGAUCACAUAAUUAGUGUCUAAGGAUUUGUACUCAGGUUUUCCUGACUUGAUGGUCAGUGUGGUAUCUUUUGUACCACUUAAUUGCCCUCAACUUGUACCCAUUGACAUAAAGUAAAAUAAUAACUUAUUCAUCAUGAAAGAAGGUAUCAGGUUCUGUUACCAGAUAUAAUAAUGUUAAGUCACCUUGAGAGAGAAUGACUAAGAUCUCCUUAUGCCCAUCCUUCUAUUAAUACUCUGGUUACACUGUUCCAGGGGCUCUAUCUAAGAGAGUAGUUAAAACAUAGUUUGUGGCUGCCCAUACCUCACAGGAUCUAGAGAGAAGGCAGAUGACAUGACACACAUACACACACAGAAUAAUACGUGAAAUGAUUGUUUGUCUGAGAGGUAAAUUCAAGGAUAUAAUUUCUCGACUCCAGCUUCCUGUGUAAAGGAAAGGAAAUUUGAUCCCUAGAGAGUAUAAUCCCAUUGUCAAACCUUCCAGCCAAUAAGGGAGAUUUCUAGGACUGUACUUACUUUCAGAGAUGUCAUGUGAUCAACUCCCAAGUUUCAGAAUUCCUGAAUUUGAGAGUUCUAGGUAUUGGAUCUUAAAGAGUGGUAGUGUCAAAUUCGUAUGAAAAAGGAGUCACUCAGCAUUACAUAAGGUUUUCUACAGGCUUCAUAUUGACUUUAAAAGGCCACAUGAACAUUAUCUGUGUUCUUUUUGUAUUUUUAUUUAUUUUGUUAAAUAUUUUCCAAUUACAUUUUAGUCUGGUUUGGGCAGUAUAUCUAUUGUGUGUUUGACACCUCUGUUUUAAAGAGAGAUUUCCUGAUGCAUCCUACUAGUGGACAAAGGGAAAACAUGUCCCCCAUGGUUUCCGUAGAAUGCCCUUCCUAUAUAGAGUGCAAACUUGUACCCUGGAAGCCAGAAGAAGUGGAGACUAUAGCCAGGUCAGGUGCUCCUAUCAUGGGCCUUUCAAAUUUUGACCUUACACUUUAGAGUGCCUGCCCUCCUGUUGCCAGCUGUACUGUGGAAACGUGAACCCCAGGAAACAUGACUUGGGGGGCCUUUUCUUAUUGUACCAUUUCAGUAAAUAGUUUUUAUUCCUUGACUGAUGAAAGGUGAGGUAUAAUUUUAGGUGUUCCAAAAGGACUCUAGAACCUGGGGUAAGUGACUCCAAGUACAAGUUGGCAACACCUACAGAUGCAUUCUCUCCCAACUCUGUGAUUCAAUAAUUAAUGAAUGGGAGAUGAACGUCAACCACAGUUUUAUUCACAACUUGGGCCUAUCUUAUCUUUCCUUUGGCAUUCUAUGGUUGAUCCAUACUGAGUUGCUUACUGUUUCUCAUACAAAACCCUCCACAUCUUUCUGUCUUUGUACUGAUCAUCCUCUGAACCUGGAAUGUUCUUCCUUCUGGCUUCUCUGACUCCUUUUAAGGCUCUGCUCAAUUGCCACCUUCUGAUGAACUGAGCUUCUGGUGCCUUUAUUCCCAAGAUUACCUUCUAUCAACCAUCUUUGUAUUUUGUGAACACCUCUAUAUGUACAUGGGUCCUCCUCCGUCAGAAUUUAAGCUCUUAGAAGGCAAAUACAGUUUUUUUUGUAUUUUCUUUGUAUCCCUAGCAUUUGCAUGGCACAUAGUAAGAGCUUAAUAAAUGCUUGCUGAUUCAUUCAUUGAUUGUUGUCCAAGUAGACAAGGAUCAUUGCUUGGUGCUUCUACAAGGGAGAAUUCAACGAAGGAAUUCAUAGGGGAGUUUGUAUUUGUGCUGGACCAUAAAGAAUAGGGGAAGGGGGAAAGAAACAAACAUGAAGUACCUACUAUGGGUUUUCAUUUGAUCCUCACAGCAACACUUGGAGUUAAGACAUAUUAUUCUCUUUUUAUAGAUGAGGAAACUGAGGCAGGCAGAGGUUAAGUAAUUUACUCAGGAUUUCAUAGUUGUAAGGGUCUAAAUCAGGAUUUGAACUCAGAUCUUCCUACCUUCAGGACCAGCAUUCUAUCCACUGCAUUACCUAUUUGCCUCUAAUUGGAUAGGUAGGGUAUUUAGGUAGAGAUGCCAAUGGGAAAGGUAUUAUAGAUUCACGGAGCAAUUUGAACCAAGUCACAGGGGCAGGGCAACAAGUAUUUUUAGCAGAGAUUGUAAUCAAAUUUGGCUGGAGCAUAGCACAUGUGUAGACAUAGCAUAUGUGUGGGAAUGUACUGUGUACUAUGGAGUUGUGGUGCCUUUCUUUUUUAAUUAAACUGUCUCUCACUUAGCAAAAUAAUUACCCCUGUGGAGUUGUGAAUUCAUCCAUCCAUUCUGGAAAGUUGUUUUGAUUUAUACCUAAAAAGUUACUAAAAUGUAACUUUUAACCCAGCUGUGCCACCACUAAAUCCAUACCCCAGAAAGACCAAAGAGGAAGAGAAAGGUUCUACGUGUAGAAAAAUAUUUAUAGCAGCUCUUUUUAAGGUAGCCAAGGAGUGGGAACUAAGGAAAUACCGCCUACUAGGAAACAGCUAAACACAAUAUGGUGUGUGAAUGUAAUGGAAGAAUUGUGACGUAAGAAGUGAUGAAAUGGACAUUUUCAGAAGAGCCUAAGAAGAUAGCUAUGAACCGAUAAAGAAUAAAGUGAGCAGAACCAGAACAGUUUAUGCAGUGUGCCCAUUAUAGAAAAAAACCACUUUGAAAGAUAUUGGCACUGAUCAGUAAAGUGAUAAACCAAGAGUCCCAAAGAAUCUAGAUGAAGUGGGAUUCACCUCUUCACAGGGACGUGAUAUACUUAAAAGGUAGAAAGAGACAUACCCUUUUUGACAUGACCAAUGUGGACUUUGGGGGGGGGGCUUUAGUUAUGUAUUGAGGGCUUUUUAAAUGGUUAUUUGCUAAGUAGGAGAGACAGUUUAAUUAAAAAAGAAAGGCACCAGAUAUUUAUGCUAUGAUACAACAUAUUUAUUUCAUUUUUUAAAAGAUAAUCGUUUUCAAUAGACAAGUAUCUAUUUUGUCUCCUACCCUCCUCCCACCUCAAUGGAGGAAAAAUCCUCACAACAAAUACAGUCAAGGAAAACAUCCUCAUAUUGGUGAAAUCCAAAAAUUUAUGUCACACUUUGAAUAUCUAGUCCAUCACUACUUCUUUUUUUUUUUUAACCCUUACGUUCUGUCUUGGAAUCAGUAUUGAGUAUUGGUUCCAAGGCAAAAGAGCGGUAAGGGCUAGGCAAUAGGAGUUAAGUGACUUGCCCAGGUCACACUGCUGGGAAGUGUCUGAGGCCAGAUUUGAACCCAGGACCUCCUAUCUCUAGGCCUGGCUAUCAAUCCACAGAGCCACCCAGCUGCCCCCCCCCCCCCCCCCAGUCCAUCACUUCUGUUAGGAUGUUGGCAGAAUUCUAAUCAUUAGAUCUCUGGAAUCAUGGUUGAUAAUUUCAUCAUUCUAGGUCUUUUAAAAAUCAUUUGUUUUUGUAAUUUUUUUUUCUCCUGAUUCUGCUUAUACCAUAUUUAUUUCAGUAUAAUUUAUUAUUUUGCAGUGGCAUUGCUCUGAAUUAGAGCUCAGGCUCUGAAACACACUGCAAUGAGAAAUCCUGAAAAUAUUUUGAAUUAUCUUUCUACCAAAAUUUUUUCAAUGCAAUGCCUUAUUGAAGUAGGAUUGCUAUUUAUAUGAUUGUUGUUGGGAGUGAAAAGGGACUAUUUAAAACAAUGUAUUAAUUAGUGCACAGGAUUGAAAGUAGAAACUAAUCUUAUUUUUUUAAAAAACCCAUUGAAUUGCUAAAUCAUAUAUUCUAUGUAACAAAAUAGAAUUUAAGAAAAUAGAGGAGUUACAUUUGAUAGUUCUUCAGAUAGUCAGAUGGUGGGUGAUUCUACUUUGUUCGGUUUAGCAUUCCCUGCUGAAAUUCAAUGCACCCCACAUACUUAGGAGAGUUUCUGCAUAACUGACACAGGUCAACUGAAAACUUUAGACGAGUGGUUUCUAGCCAAUACCUUCAGUAAUGUUACAUUAUGGGAAGACUUCCAGUUACAAUGAGGCAUCAGAUUUUGCAUGUGCUGCUGAAAAGUGUAAGGGACCCUAGAAAUAAGGGGCUUGUACUAGAGAUGUCAGGUUACUUUCCGCUCCAAAUAGAUACACCAAUGUAGAUUUUGCCCGAGAUUUUUUCAUAGUACCUGGAAGGUUUAAUUGAUUUACCUUCAUGAAGCUGGCAUGUGCCCAUGGUAGGACUGGAAUUCAGGUUUUCAUGGGACUGUCCUAAAUCCGUUAUGUCACAAUUUCUUGACAUUGUGGCUAAAGCUCUAUGCUUGUAGUUUGCUAUUUGUUAACAGGAAGGAAGAUUGAAUGGUUUAAAUAACUUGGAGCCAACAUUGUCUUUCUUAUUUGACUUGUCUUAUAACCUAUUUGAAUUUUCUUCAUGUUAUUGUAGUCUUCCUACAAUUAGUUCUUUUUUCUUCAUUACUUGAUGCAUCUUCCUUUGCUUCUAUUAAUUCUCCAUGUUUGUCAUUCUAUUCCAUUCACAUAUCAGUUUAUUCAAUCAUUUUCCAUUUGUCCAGCCUGUUAUUGUUUUCCAGGUUUUUGUUAUUACAAAGAGUGCUGUUAAGAAUAUGUAGGUAAUUAUGAUGCAGAGUUAAAUGAAAAAAAAAAAACCUAGGAGAACAAUUUAUACAACAACAACAUUACAGAGAAAAACAACUUCAAAGGAUAUUAGAAUUAUGAUUGUUGUGAUCAUAAACCCCAAGUGUAAAGGACUGAAUGAGGCUGGCCACCUCCUGCCAGAAAGAAGAAAAUUGCAGAAUAAAAUACAUUUUUGGACAUAGUGUGGGAAUUUGUUUUGUUAAGAUGGUACAUAUUAGCUGGGCAGGUGGGUAGUGCAGUGGAUAGAAUGUCAGGCAUAGAGUCAGAAAGACUCAUCUUCGUGAAUUCAAAUCAAGCUUCAGACAUUUCCUAGCUGUGUGGCCCUUGUUAAGUCAUUUUACCCUGGAUGUCUCAGUUUCCUGAUGUUCUAGAGAAGACAAUGAUAAACCAUUCCAACAUCUUUGCCAAGAAAACCCAAGAUGAGGUCACAAAGAGUUGGAUAUGAUUGAAAGUCACUGAACAGCUCUAAAGGUUUUAUUUUGUAUUUUCAAAAUUGUUUAAUGAAGGAAGUAGUAAGGAGGAGACAAUAAGUUAUUGUAAAAGUAAAUAAGUGCUUUUAAAAAUAAUAUUGUGGUACAUCUUCAUUUAUUUGCUUUCUGCAUUUGUUUUAUGUGUUUCUGUGAAUCUGCUGCAUGUUCUACAUUUUCUAGAGACCUUUCCCAGUCCUUCCCAGUGCUCGUGCCUUCCCACUAAGAUGAUGUCCCAUUUACACUGUCUCUGCGUUGUAUUUUUAUUGUUGUUUGCAUGUCCUCUCUCCUAUUUUGGUGAGGCCCUUGAAAACAGGUACUCUGUAUCCCCAGUGCUUAGCCCCAUGCUUGACCUAUAAGAAGUAUCUAAUAAAUGCUUGUUGAUGAACUGAAAUAAAGGUUGUUCUGUACCAGUA